GUAUGGCGGUUCUGCUGGGACUCAGAGUCCUGUUCCAGGCAGUCCGGUUCCGUGCGGCGGACCGGGACGCUUCGUGCCGGCUCGGGGCGGCGGCCUGUGUCGGCUGGCGACGGCGCGCGUUUGCCAGUGAAGUUUGUGGUUCGACAGCGCGUCGGUACAGCUUGGAGUCGAAGGAGGACCUUCGGGUCCGGUACCUGGACGGAGAAGACGCCGGUAUUGUUGUUGUUGGGAUAAACCGACCAAAAGCAAAAAACGCCAUCAGUAAAAACCUGGUCAAAUUGGUACGUAUGAUUACACUUAUUAUCCUUAUUAUUAAUACCUCUUUAGUUUCUGGUUUUUGUGUGGACUGUAUUGUGUGUCACACUGAGUUUGGUUUUGGCGUGUCUCUGUGGAGUGACUGUGCUGAGACUUUCUCCAUGUGUGCAGGUGCAGACCUGAAGGAGAGGGCAAAAAUGCACCAAAGUGAAGUGGGACCGUUUGUGUCCAAAGCACGAGCGCUCAUCUCAGAACUUGGUAAUCUACCAAUGCCCACAAUUGCUGCCAUCGAUGGAGCUGCCUUAGGAGGGGGCCUAGAAAUGGCACUUGCCUGUGACAUCAGAGUUGCCUCUAAUUCUGCAAAAAUGGGACUAGUUGAGACCAAACUUGCCAUCAUUCCUGGAGCAGGUGGAACACAGCGUCUGCCUAGGAUUAUUGGUGUGUCUCUUGCAAAGGAGUUGAUUUUUGCUGCCAGGGUGGUGGAUGGAGCAGAGGCGCACCGCCUGGGUCUGGUCAGCCAUUCUGUGGAGCAGAAUAACAGUGGAGAUGCUGCCUACCUCCGGGCUUUAGAGCUGGCUCGUGAGAUGAACCCUCAGGGUCCGAUUGCUAUCAGGAUGGCGAAGCUGGCGAUCAACCAGGGGAUGGAGGUGGAUUUGUCUACAGGCCUUGCAAUUGAAGAAGCCUGCUAUGCCCAGGUGAUACCAACGAAAGACCGACUGGAGGGUCUCGCUGCCUUCAAGGAGAAGAGGCCUCCUCACUACAAGGGGGAGUGAGGACUCGGCCCUCUGUGAAGUAAUUGAGAAGUACUUCGGCCUUCGGCUCUACUCCCAAUGCUUCCAACUUUUAACGGGGUGAAACUGUACACGUCAGCACACAAACCUGUGCGGUACCACAGCGCGUCCGUGUCCCCAUGGCACACGGGCUGGUGCUUUCACCUCCAUCAGCCAGGUUCUACUCCAAACAUAGACUGUGAAUAAAGGUGAACACCUCCGUUCACUCGCACUGUGUCCAAAAAAAGAUAACCUAAACCAAC